AUGCCUCACAUGCCCAGUGUGUUCCAUUCUGCUGCUCCGGACGAUACCUGCCUACCUGCACCGACGGCUGACAGCCACUAUGCCGUCCUCCAGGCAUCGUAUCAGCAGUGCGUAUCCCGCCAACAGCAGCAGCAGCAACAGCGUCAUCGGAGUCAGCACAUGCCCCACGUAGUCGUCCAGCACCCGGUUCCCCAACUACUCCCCAACGGUGACGCCUGUCACACACGCAUCCACCAACAGCACAAGCAGCAGCCGCAGCACCGAAUACAAUCAUCGAACACUGCUGAACAACAUCCGUGCAUCGGAGAAAACCUGCAGGUGAUCGCCAAGCGCCAACGCAAGCAGCAGCAGCACCACCAGAACUUCAAGAGGAGCGACUCGGACUGCGAGUCCUCGUCCUCGGAAGGUUCGCGGUCGCGCAAGCGUCCCUGCCACAGCUUCGAGGAACUGCAGAACCAGCGCAUGAUGGCCAACGUGCGAGAACGCGCGCGAACGCAGUCGCUGAACGAGGCGUUCGCCUCGCUGCGCAAGAUCAUCCCGACCAUGCCGUCGGACAAGCUGAGCAAGAUCCAGACCCUCAAGUUGGCCUCCAUGUACAUCUCCUUCCUGUUCGAGGUGCUCAAGAGCGACGAGACCGAGAGCAAACUGAGCAGCCAGUGCAGCUUCAUCGCCAACGAGCACCUCAGCUACGCCUUCUCCGUUUGGAGAAUGGAGGGCGAGUGGUCCUCGCUCUGAUUCGCCCCUGCGUCAAUUGAGAGGUGCUUUCUUCCAUGGCCGGACCACACGUCAUUCACACUGUGCUGCG